GUUCAGCUGUCCUAUAAAAAGUGGGGCAUCCUAAAUGAUCUCUACGCCACCUUUCCAUCGCACCACAUUCAUUACCAACCAUGCGCUGGUUCAAUAUCUUUCCCCUACUUUUGCCCUUCGUCGCAGACGCAUCCCCACUCCAGCCCCCACGCCAAGCGACCUCUAGUGCUGGGUCUGUCGCACAGUCUGCUUCGAUUGCUGCCUUGAGCGCAGAAAGUAGUGUUCCUGCUGCUGCAUCUUCAGCUGUUCAAUCCAGCGCAAACAGUGCAGCAAGUGCUUCAAACACACCCAGUACCUCGGGCGGUCACGAGACUAUCCUUUCCCGUCAUAACAAUGUGGAGAAUGCGGCUCCUCCGACUGUAUCGAUCUACCCUGAUACCUCUGAUGGCAAACCUAUUACGCUCACGGGCACCAGGAUGCCAGAUGUCGGGCAAGAUGUGUAUCUGGGCAUUCCCUUUGCCCGCCCUCCCGUCGGUGAUUUAAGGUUCUCUCCUCCCCAGUCGUACAUCUACAACUCGAGCACAUUCCAAGCUACCACCCCUCCUCCUGCAUGUAUGCAGGACAACUCCACAAACAACUUGACCAUCUCGGAGGAUUGCUUGUACCUCAAUGUAUACGCUCCUGCUGGGUCGAAUGCUACGAAUAACUGGCUCCCUGUCAUGGUCUGGGUGUACGGAGGGUCGUUCACCGGGGGAUCUAACAAUAUGUACCCUGGCACAGCCAUUCUUAAUUACGCUCAACACACUGAUAAGCCAUUCAUCUACGUCGCUCUCAACUACCGUCUAGGUGCUUUCGGAUGGGGCACCGGGUCAGGAUUUGCGGAGAACCAUGCUGCCAAUUUGGGUUUAAAAGAUAUCAUUAAAGGUCUUACUUGGGUACAAGAGAACAUUUGGGCCUUUGGAGGUAACCCCGAGAAGGUGACUGUCUUUGGAGAAUCUGCUGGUGCUAUCUCCAUCUCUCUACUUUUCUUGAACCAAAGCACUACCCUCUUCAGCGGCGCUAUCAUGGAGAGUGGAGCCCAAUCUACAGUCCCUUUAGGACCUACCAAUACUACAUGGGAAAGCGCCUACGUCUCUCUCUUGGAUGUUACCAACUGCACAACUCCUUCUGAAAAGAACGUCACGCAGUUCCAGUGUUUAAAAGAGAUGCCUGCGCAGAACUUGUUGAAAGGACAGUUGACAGUGCAGAGUCAGGCUCAGUUUUCAGCUGGAUUUAUCUUCGGCCCAACCAUUGACGGAAAACUUAUCCCUGGUUCUCCUCAUACUCUCAUUUCUGAAGGCCAUUUUGCCAAAAAGCCCUUCAUCACCGGUAACAACAAGGACGAAGGCACAAACUUUGUUCCCACUACGAUCAACAGUACUCUUUACGGUCUUGGUAUCAUAGCCCUCGGCGAACCGGUUGACCCAACUAAGGAGACGCUGGAAAAAGUUCUUGCUCUAUACCCUAAUGUGCCUUCCCUCGGAUCACCAUUCGACACGGGUAAUGAGACAUUCGGCCUCGACCCCUCAUUCAAGCAGUUUGCCGCCAUCUACGGUGAUGCCCAAUUCCAGGCACCCAGGCGAUUCUUUUUACGAGAAUCAAACAAGCAUGGGAAUACCCAGACUUGGACUUAUCUAUUUGAGCAGUAUACGCCGGGGGCUCCGCCAUAUCUUGGAUCGCACCAUGGUUCAGAAGUAAUCUACGUCUUGGGUGGUGCCAGGCCCGGACUUUCUGGGAAGACAGGGUCCAGUGCAAACUACACCGAAGCCGACGCACGACUCUCAGACACAAUAAUGAACUACUGGCUCAACUUUGCCUACUACCACAACCCCAACGGUGAAUGCGGCUGCCGCGACCCCUACUCAAACGAAACCUAUUGGCCUAGGCACGAUGUCACCUCCUAUAGCAAGAACAUGCUUAGCUUGAAGAGUGGCAACGUUACCGUCAUCGAGGAUAAUUAUAGGGAGACGCAGAUAAGCUUCUUCACGGAAAACGCAAACGCCAAGCAAUUCAAUGCCAGGUGACUUUCCGUCUAGGAGGGAGUAAAAGGUUGGAAUGCAAGGGGGAAAAUCUUCAUAAUGGUCUCGUAUCUGUACCAUAUAUCUUGAAUAAUAUGAUAUAUUAGGCCCUGUAUCUCUUGUCGUAAAUAAUUUUGGAAUGGACUAUAAUCAUGUAAUUAUUUAUCUGUACCGUUACAAACUACCCCACAAAGAAGAUAACUUCUUGACUGUUGAAUUGAAACAAGAAAAUGCAUGAACUAGGAAU